AUUCAGCGUGGGCAGCUGCUAACUGAAGCUGAGCAGAAAAGUACACAAGACACUGUAUACAUGAUCAGAGGCAUAGAUUUUUUCCAUUUUACCUCUCUAGUCUAGCACAUGUAUAGUCCCCAUCCUCUGCACUUUUCUAUAGGCCCUGUACUGCAUCGUUGCAAACGACUCCCUAUUGCUACUUCCGUAUGCAUCUAGGCUGGAGAGGAGUACCUACCUGCCUUGUCAAUUAAGCCCUGUCAAUCAACCUGGAUCGGCAAAUCCCUAAUGGAUCAGUUAAGGGCAGCGGUGAACGACUGCUGUUUGCACGGCUCGUCCCAGUCGGACAAUGGGCAUCAAUUAGUACAGCAUAAAUCGGUGACCAAUCAAAUCAGUGCAUGACGAAUCACGUGGGGUCGGCGAAGACAGAAUGGAUCGAAACUCUCAUCGAUUCGUUUAUGUACCAAAGAUGAUACAAUUAGGCUACGGAGCCGCUGUAUGCUUUGCUUCCGUGUGUGUCCGUGUGCUUGCGUUAGUACAGUGCAAUAUGAACUAUGAGAACACUUUCUGGUCUUCAGUAUCCGGGUUGAGAUGAAGAAGUCCAGUCUGGAAUACUUUCAGUGCAACCAGCACAGGAGUCUUGUUACCGGUUGCGAUCGCUGUGGGACUGCCGAUAAAUUGGCCUCUGGAACUCUCAGGUUUGCUACACCAGUAGGCCUACAUGGCCUGGAAUACAAUAUUAUGAUUUGUGGAAUGGAAUGCUGAUGGAAUUGUAAACUGAGGAGGCAAAACCCAGUGGUGAUGAAUCUAUCGAAAGAUCAUGCAAUCCUGAAAAUGUCAACGACUGUAACUUACAGCGUAAGGAUGGAGAUUGUGGAGUAUUGCCUACAUUGUUGAAGACGGUAAUCUUAGAUAUAGAACUCGUAACUUUUAAACAUAAGUCUACAGAAAAUCCCUGCUUUAAAUAACGGCACCGCUUUCCUUGACAUUAUCAGCGGAUGCUUCAUUUAAAUGACAAGAUGACAAGACGAGCUUGUGUUCAGCGAGCGAUCCUUGGCACCGCAACUGCAGCAUUUGCCCUUUGGAUUAUAGGUGCCGCCUUCCUGUUGUUGACCGCGGGCCGGUCACGUCCUGGUGUCACAGGCGAAGACACUGCAAGUAAUCCAAACACGCGACUGCUGAGCCCAGUAGAGAAACGCCUAACUCACCUUGCUAACCUUGUGUCUGAACUACGACAGGAAAUUGGUUACCGGAGGAGACGAGUUGCAGAGAGCGAUGAGAAGCUAACCCGCCUCAAGGCGCAGUUAGACGGCCCGUUAGUAGACGCUCCUGCGGUGCGAGCUCCUCAACAUUCAGCCGAACUCAACCCGAAGCGACAUUUGAUGGAUGUGCACAACACCCUCGACCCAAUUUCACCUGCGACGCACAAAACAACGCGGUCUACCCACAAGAGGGGUGAGACGGACAAAGGUGCUGAAACUCACGGGGCAAAUGAGGCCGAUUCCCCCACGCAAGAUAUUACCCUGAGCAACAAACUAGUCUACGGUUGUAAGGAAAUUACAAGCAUACCCCACUCGAACAAAGAAUUGAUAGGAUCUGGGUUUACGAAGCAAGUACACAAGGCGUUGUUUGGAGGUAAACCUGUAGCGAUAAAGACCCCUCUUACGAACGGACAAGACGUAACAGAGUGUAUAAAGUAUGGGAUGGGUGUUGAUGAGUGCUUCAGACUAGCAAACUUCAAGAUGCUAAAGGAAAUUGCGAUGCUGCAACAACUUCAACAUCCCAAUAUAAUCAAGAUGUUAGGUUUCUGUUUGCCGGGACAGAUCGAUACCCAUGAUUCCUCACACACUACUACCAUGAUUACCGAGUAUGGAGAGCCAAUAACAUUCUUGGAUUUGUUGAAAAUGUCCUGGGAGGACAGGCUAAGGAUAUCUCUUGGAGUGAGCCGUUUGUUGUUUAACCUUAGUAAUUCUUCCGUUGGAUCCCUAAGCAUCCAUGACUUCAAACCAUCCCAGUUCGUUAGAGUGGACGGAGAGAUCAAGUUGGUUGAUCUUGAUGACGUGGAUGACAAACCAACCACGUGCCGAACUCCUGUUGAUUGCGCUCUUGACGGCAGCUCAUCCACAGCCUAUUUACCCUGUAUAGCUGGAACCUGCCUUAAUUACAGCGAUAGAAUGAAUGUAUACAGUGCAUACAAAAUCUUCUUUACGUUGUUACCGUACGAGACUCCUCCCAGUCUUCGAGUGGUGAUUACCAAUCUCGUUAACAAAACAGGCGAGGCACUGAUUGGUUCCGAAGAGACGUAUCAGGAGCUGGAGCGAAUCCUGCAAUUAUAUCGCAGUGGCGCAUACCUCAAGUAUAAAGAUGACGAAGAAGAGAGCUUUUAUACAGGUACAGGAAACGCUUAUGAAAUAUUUGCUGAUAUCGACUUGCCACAUCAAGGUGAUUUCUGGUGCACUUCAUCCCUACAAAUGGGGGGCCCGAGCUGUGUCCUGACAGCCUUCGAUGAAAACGAGGCUAAACAUCUAUGCGAUCAAGAGGAACAGUGUACAGCAUUCAUCAUGACGUCACAGAAAACAUGGACAGGUCGGACGGUUAUCUAUUUGAAGAGAGGAACUGGUCACCAGCCAAUUUAUAGCCCAGGAAAUACGCUGUACUAUCAACUGACGUGAAACCAAAUCUCCCGAGACGGCAUUUAGUGUCUAAACGAGAAGUGAACUGCCAAGAGUCGAUGAGGCUGGAAUCGUGAAAUAUCAUCUGGCCAAUACUUAAAUUUAAAGAGGGAACAUAAAUCAUUGCAGAUUACUCUCCGCGUUUAGAGCAAUUCGAUGAAGCCAGUCUUGAUAUCAGUCCUGGUAAAACUAACUCUUUAUCGAGGGUUCUUAAUCUAACAGCAAGACAUUUUCAGCAUAGCAUAUAGCUAUCUCUACAUGACGUAUUUCAACACUGUGUGUAUUACUCUACUAUACACUGCGUCGGUUAAGAUUAAAAGGUGGAUGGUAUUUGUAAUAAGGUUGAACAAUUCCCUCGUGGCAAUUGAUGAAUACCAGUAAAAUGUAGGCUUAAUAAAUGAAACGCCGAAGCUAUGCAUGGGACGGAGAGAGGGUCUUUCACAAAAAAUAAAACUGCUACCUGUUAUUAACAUCAACGCGAGCAAAGAUCAACACAAUGAUGUCAUAGUUAUGAGUGUGCUGCAUUUUCGUCUCAAUAUGCAUGAAACAACUCGGUCAGGCGUAUACGCACAAAGAGUUGUUUUUAAUAGACUGACUGGACACAAGAUAAAACAUGACAUUGUUAUUAAAACCACUAAAGAAUUAAAGUUGAGUUAAUGACUUAAAAAUACAUUUAUACAUUGUAAGGUAAUUUCUUAAAAUUACAAACGCUAAGAAAAGCUUCUUUUGGUUGAAGAUCAAACUCAAUCACAACAAUUCUGCUUCCAGUCUGAGACCUUUGAAAAACUUCGGUCUCAUUAUCGUAAGUAAUUUAAUUAAACAGAAUACACGGAUCCCUGUUGAGGCCUGUGUCUCCCAAUUUGUCGCAGCUCAGAAUUCGAAACGACGAAAUUUGUAAAAUAGACAAUUUUAACUGAGGCUCCGAAUUCCAAAUUUCCCUAUGGCCGUCUGGAACGAGUAAGAGACCUCAGUGGAGAUUACCACGUACAUGUACAUUUUCUCUUGUGAAAAGAUAUCCUUGUAAAAAAUUAAUGUACUUGCAAAACUGCCCACAUUCAUGGGCGUCGUCAGGAUAUUAAUUCGGGGAGGGGGGGGGGGGGGGAAGCACAUUAUUUUCAAAAGUCCUUGUACUUUCUCUACCUUAUUCUUAAUUUAUCAUUGUUUUCGUGGGUUCGCGCGGGGCGCGCGGGGGGAGGGACAUUUGCCCGCCCCAGCCCCGUCGACACCCCUGCGGACGCCCGUGUUGUUAAAUGUGCAUAAAAUUAAUAACAGCAAUAUGACUUUGCACCUCGUCUUCUUUUCCCCCUUCUUCUUAUGUCUCUCUCUCUUUUUUGGUUGUGUGUCCUGGCGACGUCCAUGCCCACAUAACAUUGCAAUGUAGCCGUUAAGUCAAAGUCAUCACCUCAUUCUGUCUGUUAAAGCAGCUGUUGGGUUACAAACAAGGUUUUAUGGUUUUUUUUUUAAAAAUAAAUGAUAACAUGUAUAUCGUGUUUAGACUAUACACAUGUAUUUGCCUUUUGUGAUAUAAUUUAUGGGUGUUAUAAUUUGCCAUCGGCGGGGUGAGAAACAUUACACUGAAUCUGAACUUGCACUUUUAGCAAAACCAGUUUCUUCAGUUUAGUGGGUUAAUUGUUGGUACUAUGCCCAUUCGCUGAUCAAAUGUUAAUAAUUUGAAUUCUUCGGAUUUGUGAAGAAUUCAGUAUUUAGGGGGUCGACCAUCAGAACAAAUGCAGUGAUACACGUGCAAUUGACAUUAUUUGGUCUUCGUACUUGAAUACAGUGAGAAAUUGAUUCAGAAAGAGCCGACUAGGCUCUUUCAUUGCUGAAAGGCGUAUCUUGAAAAUAUAAUACAUUUUACGCAAAAUGUGAUUACUGAAGUUCAAGGUCUUCUAUUUUUUUCUCUUUAUCUGUCAGAUGAAUCACUUUUCUUCCACAGGUUGCAUGAAUAUUGUAAAUACACUAUGCAAACUGGUUUCUAGUCAUAGUUUUUAAGAAAAAAAGGAUUUUAUAACAGGUUCCACCAUUCUACCAAUACCACAAACAUAACCCGAGGUUAUUUCGAAAAAAACCAAUGCAUCUUGAGCUAAUGCCGCCAUGCAAUUUGCAGUAUAACGGCACUUUGACUUGAACACAAAUCAUUGUUUAACCAGAUGGCAAAAGGACGUUAUUAACUUGAAUAUUUACGCCCUGUUACCUCGUCACAUCAUGCACAAACAGGAUGCAUCUCGAUAUACGCCCCUUGUCAGAGAAACUGAAUAAAACAUAAGCAAUUUUGCACGAGAUACGUCCUGCUUUAUUUGUAACCGUACGGAUGGCCGUAUGGAUGUGAGUGUUUGUUAAAUGGAAACGGCCGCGCAACCAAUAACUUCCCCCAAAGUGACUUUAUCUUAAAUACAAGUUACGCCCUUUUGCCUCGACAGGCUUCCCAUAAGGGAUGAGAUAAAAAGGGAUGAACGCCAACGAAUAGUAAUUUGUAACUAAACACUAAAACACUUAAACAGCUGUUUGAAAGGACCGGCUUAUGCUCUUCACAUCCAUCGCUAUAUGGCCUCUGAAUUAAGAAAAAGUCAUCAGGUCGCAACAUGCUCAAACAAAAGUCGUCAUCCCACUAAUGGAAUCAUACAGCUUUUGAAGAUCUUGUUUGAGGUGUUCGAAGUUCUGUACACUUUUUUUCUCAAUAAACUAGAAAUUACAAAAGUUGUCAGUUGCAAUAUGCGUAGUACGCGGUCUUCGCUCUUCAACAAACGUUCAGAACAUCCAACAAUAAAUUUGAAGUAUACUCGCUGAGAAAAACAACAAUACGUAGCUGCAGAAGUGCUGCUUGCUAAAUUGCUAGUCAAUGCCAAGUAAAAUCACAAAACAGUUGCUUAAGCCCGCGUCUGAAGGACCUGUAUUUAAUGGAGUAGAUGAGGGGAUUAACACACGAAUUACUAGCCACCAGAAGCACUGAUAUGCGGAGUGGUUGCCCAGUGGUGCCCAAGGCAGACAUUAUCUCAUUGGGUAACCAGCACACGAUGUAGACAGCGAAGACAAGUGUUAAGGUUCGGAUGACAUUUCGUCUAGCACGAAGACACGGGUGUUCUUGUAGUCGGCCCGUUGCUGUCUGUCUUGGGAGGAUUGUAUCUGUCCGAAUUCUUAGACGGGCGCUCCGUUUCAAUACGACAGAGAUGUGAAUGUAAGCCAGUAACAUCGUGGCGGCGGUGGUUGUGAAAUAGACGAGAUACAAAGCGAAUAUGAAUCCAUGUACAGGAUCCGAUGUCGGAGACAACGUGGUGUAUCGACAUCGAUUCUCAACUUCCGAAUAAUCGACCAGAGAGAUGCUUGUGAUGCAUCCAAGACCAAUACCGAUAAUCCACGUUAAGGCUACGGCGAUGGCAGGUGGCCGUCUUGUCGAUGUCAUCUUACGGUACCUUAAGGGAAACACGAUGGCUAGGUAUCGCUCUAAGGUCAAAGCGGCCAGACUGAUGGACGAUGUGUUCAUAAAUAGCCAUAGGGUGGUUUCAGAUACCCACAUGUAACAGAGUAGCAAGCCUGGCAUCCCAGAAGGUAACGGAUCAGAGAUUGGUAAGAUGGCAUACAGCAACAGCGCUAAGGAGCAAAGCAAAUCAGCAACUGCUUGGUUGAAAAUGAAGACAUCGGUUAAUGUAUGUAGGUUUUGUAUACGCCAAACCACCAAGCAGACAACUGUAUUACCAGCAAUGCCUACUACUCCGAUGAUUAUUGAAAGAAUGUUUAGAAUCUCCAUCUUGCUUAGGACUCUUUCGACGUUGCGAGGCAAAGACAACUCCACUCUACCCCACAGCUCUAAACAAUGUCACGCGAUCGCGUCAUGGAUACAGGUUCACUGCACGCAGCGAGUACAGAGAACAAAAACAGUGCAGAGUUAAGGAUGGCAUGUGAUUGCUACACAUUCAGCGACAUUAUCUCGAUAUGUUUACAUGAGACGCUGCGUAUUCCUCCAUUAAGAUUCGUCUGUAAAUCAAUUGGCACUAACAUGGAAGAAGCUAUAUCAUUUCCUGUUUGCCGCCAACAUGAGGGAAAACGUGAUUGAUUUUGUAACAAGAGAGGUUUUUGUAAUGCAGGUCUUAAACCCCGAAGGGGUUGGACGUAAUUAGGGAUUUCAAUCAUGGGCCUGUGUGUCGUAAAUACAAUGAUUUCGAUGCGACUCGGAAACUGUUGGUUUUUUUUCAGCGCAAAACCAGUCGAUUCGACUACUCACAGUCAUUAAUACAACGGUACAAGCGUGGCGGUAAUAAUAUUAUGGUAACGUGAUAUAAUGACACGCUAAGAAGUGAGGGCCGUAGAUGCCAACAGUACGCAUAGAAGUUAGUUAAUGUUUUUCUUUAAUAAAUCAACUCCAACAAUAUAUAUCUUGGCUAGACUUGAAAAUCUGUUAACAUUGCCCAAUUGCCACGGAAUAAAAAGUUAAACAUUACUCACCCCCCCCCACCCCCACAAAAAACUCCUUGUAUACCUAUAUGUACCUUCUAAAAAACAUGCACCUUUUCAAAACGCCUUAGAUAUUAAGGGAUCGAGGGUAAAACAAGCAUCUAAAAA